AUGGCCGGAGGACUAUCGGAGGGGCAGCUUCGUGCCAUUGUCAUUAUUGAGCGUGUAUGUUCGUCAAUAUCGAUGGCAGGAUGCAUCUUCACCAUUUCCACGUUUUGCUUCUCGAAAUACUUUAGCAAAUCCAUCAACAGGCUCGUUUUUUACGCCUCUUUUGGCAAUCUCAUAACGAACAUUGGCACCAUGAUUUCUCGCUCUUACAUCGACUCACCAAACUCAGCAGGUUGCCAAGCGCAGGCGUUCUUAAUUCAGACCUUCAUGCCAGCCGAUGUAUAUUGGACGUUGGCCAUGGCCGUCAACGUCUAUCUGACCUUUUAUCACAAAUAUGACGCCAGAGCUUUGCGAAGGAUCGAGCCCAUCUAUUUGCUAUGCUGCUACGGCCUCCCAUUCAUACCUGCAUUCGUCUUCUUUUUCAUAAAAGACCGAGGGGGAACUCGAGUCUAUGGACCCGCAACUUCGUGGUGCUGGAUAUCGAGCGAAUGGGACGUCCUUCGUGUCGCGGCCUUUUAUGCGAUUGUGUGGGUGUGUAUCGUAACCACGAUGGCCAUCUAUAUCGGAGCUGGCCGUACUAUAUACAAAGUACGAAAGCAGGUUUACGUCUUUCAGUCGUCGGACCUGGAUCCUAUAUCAAUCGACGAGGUUACCACGUCUCACCAAUCAACCGAUGCAACUCUGACAAUGGACUCCAUGUCAGGGAUGGAACCAGCCAAGUUUGGCCAGAAUAUUAGUAGCCCACCCAGCUAUGGAGGUGGCUCAAGCUCAGAAACAGCAACAGCAACAGCAACAAGGCCUCAAUCAGUUCACCUGGCUACCGAUCUUUCCAAUAGGUCGAACCAGUCUAAUGGGUCGCAAUCAACAUACUACUAUGCAUCAUCACCUCCUCAUAGAGGCUCAAACCCACCCCGAACCGGCGGCCACAACAACGUAGCAUCGCGAGCCUUCCGCUCUAUUCGCCGGCGAAAUCACGAGCGAGACAACGCCGCUUGGUCUUAUACCAAAUGUGCUCUCCUAUUCUUCACGGCAAUGCUUGUCACAUGGAUACCGUCCAGCGCAAAUCGCCUGUACUCUCUCACGCACCACAGAGAAGUCUCCGUACCGCUAGAGUUUAUGAGCGUUUUAGUGCUUCCUCUGCAGGGAUUUUGGAAUUGUCUUGUUUAUAUUACAAUAUCGUGGACGGCGUGCAAGAACCUGUUUCACGAUAUGUGGCUUGCUGUGCGAUCAGCCGCUAUUAGCCGCAUGGAUCGUAUCCGUGGGAGAAAGUCCAGUUCCGAUAAUCAAGCAGAAAGUCCAGAGCACUCAGUCUGA